AUGUCGUCCCAAAUUUCUGCCCGUUUCCUACUGUACCACAAGAUAUCUCAAUACCUGGUUGUGAGCGAUGUUAGGAGCCUCCGAGCCAUGCUCGCUACUGACAACAAGUUAGAGCGAGCCAGACUCGGGAAGGCCGCCGGUGCUCACGAAAUUUUUAUCAAGUUGGAGGAGGCCGGUGAGAUUGGCAGGGGUAACCUCGGUCUUCUGAUCAAGCUGCUGACAACUCUAGGACAUAGAAGGUUGGCUGAGGAAGCAAGGAAAGUCGAGGAAGAAGAAAAGAAAGAUCUUCAAAGUGAAAAUAAAAGAAAGAAAGACGACGUGGUCGACAGUUUGAGGAGACUGAAGGUCCGACGUGAAGCAGACAAGACCAGCAGCCGUGUGACAGAGCAGCAACUCUACAAAUUGGCGGGAAACUUAGGGAGGGAGUGGGAGAUGCUGGCCAUAUACCUGGGCAUGACGACGGCAGACGUAUUCAAGUACAAGGCAGACAACCCCCGCAACCCCAGGUCACAGAUUUUCUCCAUGCUGAUGGACUGGAGGGCCAGGAAAGGGUCGGGUGCGACCGUGGGAGCACUGGUCCGCAAUCUGGAGGAAGCUGGCGUCGAUUUCGACACGUUUGAGUUCCUAACUCAGAAAAAUGACACCGAGAGUGACGAUUCGGACACAGAAAAAUCUGAUGUGGAGGAUCUGGGUCGUCCUAUAGAUCCUCCUAUUCGCCCAGCAUCAGAGCCAAUAGAAGUGGAAUUGGGAGGCGCAGAGAUGAAGGCGCUGUACGAUCAAGCCUGUGAGCAGGGCACCCAUCUAGUCUUCAACACCCUGCUGAUGCUGGUGGGAAAGCACGGAAAUGGCAAGAGCAGCUUGCAUGACAGCUUACUGCAACUGGAGUUCAACGAACACAAGCCUAGCACUGAUGGUAUUAUGAUCACGCCAUGUCUAAUGACUGGGAAAGAGAAGUGGACUAUCACCAAAGAAAUAGGGGACAAGAACGCAGACUUUCUUCAUGCCCUCCGCACGGAGAUGAUCAAAAAGAGGAAGGAAAUGGAAGAGAUAGAUCAGGUAGUGCCAGAGGAGGAGACAGAACAACCCGGCCUUGGACCGCACCCUCUCCAAACAGAUCCUUCAACCAAAGGCCACAUGGAAGAGGCCGCAUCAUCACAACGACGUCCAGUCGAAGAUAGCCGGUCAUUCAAACUAGCCACCAGUACGGGCAUCAGUCGAGACCUUUCCCAUAUUGUCGGCUCCAAGGAACGUCCAGCCAUCUCAAUCUGGGACUUUGCAGGGCACGGCAUUUACUACAGCAACCAUCACGUCCUGUACACACAUUACGCCAUCUACAUUCUCACCCUGAAUCUCAAAAAUCCCCUCAGCGCUGACCUUAAGCCUCAGUCUGCAGAGGAGGAGGAUCAGUCUGGUAUCUGUGCAGAAGCUCUGCAGCUCAAAACAGAAGGAGAUCUCGUCGACUACCAUCUAGAGUCGAUUCGAGUGCACACCAGGCCAAAGAAAAGAGACUUGAAGGAUGGCGAUCAAGCAGAAGAUGACAAGAGGGACAGAGAACCCACUGUCAUUGUGGUCGGCACACACAAGGACCAAGUAAUGACGAAAACGAUCACAACCUUCCACGCUGAUAUCAAGGCACAUCUGAAAGGAAAGGCCAUUAACAAACAUGUGUACGACAGAUGCUUUGCCAUUGAUAACACCAAGCGUGACCCAGAAGAUCCAGAGUUGUCAGAGUUGAGAGAUGCCAUCCUCAAUAUUGCCCAAGAGCAAAACCACGUGGGCAGGAGAAUCCCAAUCAGCUGGCUGGAGCUGAAGUCAGAGCUCAUCGAAAUGACGAAGCAGGGAAGAUCGUACUGCAGUCUCCAGGAUGUGAUUGAUGCUACUGACCACUCUCGCGUACCAGAGGGAUUCACACCAGAAGAAAACGCCGUCAUCAUCCUGAGGUUCUUCCAUCUGUGUGGAGACAUCCUCUACUUCGACACCCCGGAACUCCGCAACUUUGUGGUCCUGGACCCGCAGUGGUUCGUGGAUGUCCAGAAAACCAUCAUCACCAUCCCGGAGUACCGACGGGAUGGAAAGCCCACGCAAUGGGAACGGCUUGAGGAUGAAGGGGUGUUAGAGGGCACUCUUGUAGAUGCCGUGUGGGGGAACAAGAAGAAACAAGAAGACCUCAAGUGUGACCUCAUUGCUUACAAAGAUGAGCUGCUGAAGAUGAUGGAACAGUUCGACCUGGUCCUGCAGUGCAGUCCUGAGAGUGAAGAUGGAACGAGUACAGCCACCUCAGCAGACACCACGUAUUUCGUCCCCUCACUUCUUACUGCAGCGACGGAAGAGGCGAAGUUGUUCCCCAAAGGUACAAAUCGCAGCAAGCCUAUUUUUGUUGAUUUCAAUGACAAGUUCUUCCCCAUCGGCCUUUAUCAUCGCCUCGUCAUUGCCUGCAUGCGACGUUACAAGAGGAAACCACCACUGGCAUAUGCAAACUGUGCUAGGUUCGUCACAAACAACAGGAGGCAAACCUUCGUCAUCACCAAGGAACGACACUACCUCAAAGUGGAGCUGUCGUCGUCGGUCAAAGAAGAGUCAGCCUGCUUCAGCCAUGGUCCAGCUGUUCGUGAAUGUCUCGAUGAAGACCUUAAGAGGAUCAUCGGUGACUGGAUCCCCGGGAUAGGGUACAAGUGGUACUUUGGCUGCUUCUGUGCGGAACACAAAGAGAUGGAGCGAGAAGAGAACAGGUUCAUCCCAAUCACAACUGAGGACGUCGAGGAAUGGUUUCAGGAAGGAGAAGCUGUCUGUGAUCAGUUUGAACCUGCUACUACCACGAUUAAAGACAUCGGCCUCGCACAUUGGUACCAAGAUGAAUAUGCCGAACAAAGGAACAUAGUCCUGCCACAAGCUUCAUCAGACGAUGCAGUCGCCCAGGAGAUGGCAAAAAUGCAACUCAGCAACCGGCAACACAUGGCGGUCCCACCUGAGGUCGACAGCGAGCCAGUCACGGAGAAACAGCUCAACAUGCUGGCUGGGAAGCUUGGGAAAGACUGGGAGAAUCUGGCCAUACACCUGGACCUGACGACGGCAGACGUGGACAGGUACAAGGCAGACAACCCUUACAACACCAGGUCACAGAUAUUCUCCAUGCUGAUGGGCUGGAGGGCCAGGAAAGGGUCCGGUGCGACGGUGGGGGCACUGGUCCGCAAUCUGGAGGAGUUUGGCGUCGCUCUGGACACGUUUGAGUUCCUAACUCAGAAAAGUUAG